AUGGGUGUAGGUAUGAGUGCGGGUUUUGUUCGAAAUGACAGUAUUGAACCAAAACCGCUAACAAAAAUCGAUCCGAAUACUAAAAUCGAUGCAAAAAUAUCUAAUAACGAUGAACAGCAAACACGACAUAUUGUUACAAGAAGUAUGGUAAAAUCAAAUGAUAAAUAUAUGCAAGGAAUAUUAUCAUCUACAUCGAAAACACAAGAAAUAAUAUUACAUACCAGUAACAAAAAAAUCACACCAUGUUCUAUCUGUAAUGCAUUAUUUGACAUAUCGAUUACAGACGAAGAAUUAAAAAAUCAUAUUCAAAGUCAUUUAAAACAAAUGGAAAAAGGUCGUAAAACAAAAUGA